GAAGUGAUAAUACAAGGAGUAAAUGGCAUCUACUUCUGAUGAGGUGAGAUUUUCCGCGUUGCGUUGUAAACUGCUUUGGAUGCCUAGAAAAGCGCAAUAUGAAUAAAUUAAUUAUUAUUAAUUAUUAUCCAUGGACACAGACUCAACACUAGAGGGUGCUAUAGACCUACGAGAGGAAGAGAUGGAACAGUCUGUUUCAGGUCUGACAUUCACCCUGAACUCCUCUACUGCUGGUCCGUCCCUUCAUCUCUCUCCCGACUGCCUCACUGUAACCUUCCUCGGACCUAGCCCUCUGCACUCUCAUCCCCAUGGCAACAAUGUCACAGGGUCAGUGACAAGACCUGAAUCCCAGGAGUCUGACCUUCAAUUCUUCCCUCAGAUGUGUGGGGAUGUGAUCAUUGUCAGGGGUCAGUUCUACUGGGAGGUGGAUGUCUGCAACAGCAACCUCUACAGGAUAGGAGUGAGCUCAUUGGACAAUGCUAGCGGCUGGUGGCUGGAAAGGCGGGGCAUGUCCUUCUCUGCUGUGUACGACAGCCGCCGGGAGCCGUUAUGUGCCGUGCCCCCUCAGAUCAAGACCCUGGGACUAUUCCUUAACAUGGGUGGAGGGACUCUGAGCUUCCACAACCCUAUCACCCAGGAGCACAUAGCGACCCUACCCACUCGAUUCAGCCCCACUGGGGUGUGUCCUGCCCUGGGGUUAGGCCAGGGUAGGCUGAGGUUUCGCUGUGGACUACCCCCUCCAUCCCACGUCUUCCUCAGCCGAACGUCUUCCUAUAGGGGGCCUUCUGGUGCCGGUGGGGGUCGCUGGCGUAGAGACGUGCCGUUCCGGUCCAUACGAAGGGUCAUCCAGAAGUUUGAGGGCCUGACUGUGUCAGAUUCCGACUAGGGACUGGUGUCCAGUUUUGGGUCAUCCUGCUCCACUUUGGCCUCCUUGCCUGAACCGGGCCCCAGCUCCCGCCUCGGCCCCACAGCAGCAUUCCACCGUGGGCAGGAGGCUGGAGACGAGUGAAAUGGAAAGGACAACAUGCUAUAACACUUUGUACAGAGAUGGGAUGGCAACUCUUACCACAACGCAAUGUCACGUUGCAAACGGGAGGUUAUUGGGUUGAUCGUGAGAGAGUGUUACAACCUCAUGAUAAACUUCUGAGACGGAACGCCCAUUUCUCUGCUAGAAUUAUGAUUGGAGCAAACGGAAUAAAACAAACAAAUCCCUUAGGGUGACAUUGAUCUUUGGAUGAGUAAUUCCAUGUCUAAUUUCUUCUCCGAGGAACUUUCUCAUCAGUGUGACCCAGUAAUUGACUUUCUCUCCAGGACACCGGGCUUCCUCUCAGCUACAGAACCCCUGGAGGUUUGGGGCUGGGCAGGCGCUGUCUCUGGGAGUGUUAGGAGGAGGAGGUCUCACUGGGGAUCCCAGAUUCUCGUACGGGGGUUGAUGGAACCAUAGGGUUGAUACGGGUGGUGGUGUGUUUGUGUGUGCGUAGGCGCGCGUGAGGAAGUGAGGUGUGGGAGUCUGUGGUGGUGACACUACCAGUGUUGACUCAGGGUCACAAAGACGGGUGGUAACGUAUGUUUAUCCCGCAGGCUUGGCUUUCCUGUGUGUGUGUGUGUGUGUGUGUGUGUUCUGGAGCCAGAAAACCUUUGAUAACCGCAGGAUCACAGUGACUUCAAAAAAGAUUAAUAAAUGUAAAAGAUAAGGAGUAGGCCUUGAUACAUAUGUAGCAGGUAGAGAGAUGGAUGGAACCGGAAUAAGGCAUUCAAAAAUUGCAGCAGUUGUUAUUCAAUCUGCUACGAAGCUCUGCCCUAUCCUGUCUCUCAUUUUUUCUGUUAUCUCCUGCUGUUGGCAUGUUUUAUGAAGGACACUUCAAUAAUUUCGUUAGACCACCCAGGCUGUAAAUCUCAUUGUAAAAAAUCCAACCAAUUAAAACGAACGUCAAUCACGCAUCACGGGAGUAGUCUUUUGUACCCCUGUAAAAGAUGUCCACCGAAUAGUGGUUAGAUUGGGCCAAUAAUUCCAUUCAUUUGCACACAACCCUUUCGCAUCUCAAGGGAGGAGCCUACCAGUAUGCACAAAAGACUGAGUAGAAUGCGCUUGUUACAUAUAGGCUAGUUGCCCCUGUAAACAUUAAUCUUGAUGACUGUGUUGAUGUUUAAUGUUCGAGGUAUUUACCGCAUGAAUAAAAAUGCGUUUGUACUGCGGCCAGAUUGGAGCUAGGUCCUCGAUAACUAUGGGCCUAUCAACUUUCCAAGCAGUGUGGAAGUAAUUUAACUCUUGUAAACGAAAUGAAACCGGGUGGUGGUGGGGGUAAUACUUGAAGCCUAUUGUUUUUCGAGGAGGCGCAGAUAUGUACAUCCGAACAACUUUGAGAACCGCAUCGCGAAUAGGCCUGUUUUUAGGCUAACCUGGGUGGGUUAUUUUUGGGGCGCCAGAGUGUAGGCCUGUACAGCGGUAACAGAGAAAAUGGUCUGAUAUGGUGAAUUACGCCAACUAACUAUUCGUUUCUCAAGCAGUGGUGACUUGGAGUAACCCGGCAAUAGAUACAAGCCUGCAGUGAGAGAAACCUGAGGUGUCAAAGACAAGUGUUGUUGUGGACCUCUACUCACCUAACCACGUUCCCAGGCCAACCGUGUUUGGAGAUGGCUUCUGGUUGCUAAUUGCAUGGAGAGCGAUAAUUAGACUCACACAGUCCAUCAACCUAACCCUCGGAAAUGGGUUGUGAGAUACAACUGAGAGCACAAUUUAAAUUCGCACCUGUGUCUGCUUUCACUUUGCCGUUUCGGCAGUGCUACAAAUUGAUUCACAUUAUUCAAAAGGAUGCAUCAAUAAACACAUUCAAACCAGACCGCUUUUUCUUUUUGACAUGGCAUUUUUGACUUUGCGUUACUAGGAAUAACACAAUAAUUACCCUAACAAAACGACCACACAAGUAAUGUUGGCCUGGAUUGGUCUUAUUACCAUCAUUAUCAACGUCAGCAUAACAGCGGCUAUAAAGUCAUCAUCCCUUUAUCUUUGUGUUGUUCUGUCAGUUGCCAUUUAAAACCAAAUUGGAAGCAGUAAAAUGUUCUUUCCAUAAACACUUCCUUGUAAUUGACCACAUAAUAGGUCAAUUAGAUGAUUAGUUUUGGUCAUGGCUGACUUUUAUCAUAAACGUCUAAUUUAGAAACAUCGGUGUAAUGUCUACAAAGUCCCUGGCGUAAUGGUAUUAAGCUACUGCUGAAUUGGCAUAAUGAAUGGGUGUCCAAUUGGAAAAACAAAGUAUCUCGGAGACAAGUCUUCAAAAGUGAAAUAGGCCUACAAGUAAUUUAGAUUUCUGAAGACUUGACAAAGAUCCCAUGGUCACUUUAUGACAACUGCAAUUUUUUCUCUGACAUUUCUCUACAUUCUCCUUGAAUCAGAAACGACUGCAAGUCGCAAUUGAGUCGGUCAAGAAAAAAACAUGGCUGAAGUGCCAGAAGUGGUUACAUUUGCGUGAGCUCGCCAGUUAAAACAAAUUGUACGGCGGCUUCGUCCUCGAACGCAUCUUCUGCCAUAUGAUUGGUGAAACCUAUAGGUAGAUACCAGUGAUAGGGAACAGGUGGUGUUGGAUGCGUCCUGUAACCCGGUACACAUCUGCCAGGCUAUCAUCGUCCCGCGCUCCCCGUCCUGUCUGUAUAUUCACACCUCCCGUAUAAUCCGAGCAGCAAACAGGAUGUGGUCCAGAAUGUGUGCCAGUCAGACAGACGGGGGAGAGGGAGGGGUUCUGGGUGUAGGCUUAGUACACAAAUGAAACAAUAUGCGACGUCUUUAUGUUCGCGUUCGGCUCUCUGACCGCGUUUACACAGUAAGGCUAAUUCGGAUGUUUCAGGAAUAAUUCGUGUUUUUCACGAUUUACUUAAAUGUGUUUAUCAUCAUCUGAUGGCAAAAAAAUAUUAUGUUUUAAACUCAACCUGUAUCCUACACCUCUAGGUUAUAGCUCAUGUUUCUGUAAUCU